CCGCGUAUAAACGCGCGCGGGCGCACGGUUACAGCACUCGCGAAUUACUCGCCGACGUGUGCGCGCGGCGUUAGUGCAGUGUUGUGAUUUCGAAUUUCGAACGAGAUUUGUGAAUUCAAAUUUUAUUUUUUUUAAAGUGCACGUUGGAGUGGCUUGGGUAAAAGGCCAGGAACGAUACCUCUAAAAGAAACUGCAGCAAGAAAGUCAAAAAUUGAAGCAAAAGAUUGGGCGAUAAACAGAGAGGCGCGAGGCGUAUAUCGUGGAAUAUUACAAAUAGCUGAGAAAGCUGUGACGUGCGCUGCAUCAACGAUUAAUCAAGAUGAAAACUUCACUCCUGCUCCCGCUCCUGUUGCUGCUCAACAUAAUGUAUCAAACCCAAAGCGCCCCUUCUAGAAGAUCACGCGCUGCUGCUAUAUCCGAAGAUACUGAAACAGGUCGCCAAAGCAAACUUGAAGAGAAGUUCAAAGAAACGACGACAACAGCCCCUGAACCGACACAUAGAAGAAACAAAGCGCUGAACCUGUUUGGAGGCUAUUAUCCCUCGUUCUUGUCCUCCGGAUUGGACUAUUCAGAAGAUGAUGAUGACGAUGUCACAUUCUCCGUAAACGACGACCGUUUUGAUGACGAUGACUUAUCGCGGACGAUUCCUUCCAAACGCCGCCAGCAGAAUAAGAAAAAGAACGGAGCAGAUUCUUACCCAAAUGAUAACCUGAACUCUCUCCAAUACGACAAUUCUCCGAUCUUCUACAUCAGAUUGCCACCCACACCGUACAUGUUUGUGCCAGGAUUGGGAUAUGUAUCGCAACCUCCGUCCAUUGGACCUCCAAUGCCGCCUAUGCUUCCUCAAGUUCCCCAACAAGCCGAUCCAUUCAUCAAUCUACCAAUCGACUUUAUUUCUAAUGGCAAACCAACUGGUGUAUACCAAUGGAGUGGCGCUCCCGGUUACCCGCAACCUCCGCAAAUGCCUCUAGAUCCCUUCGGCUAUGGUUCACAACCUAUGGUACCUUCUCGUCCGAGCUACAAUGUGCCUUCUUACUCUAAGCCCAAGCCGAAACCACAACCUACUAAUUCUAAAGUCACCAAUCUAAAAGGCCCAUACGUUUUCAAUGGGAAACCAGGAGACAGUGUUUACGUGCUUCGAGACACAUACAAUUCAAUAUAUUCGGACGCCCUUCAGAACUUCUACCCUUAAAACAUUCUGUGGUAAUUUUAGGAAACAUUAAUGACUCGUAUCGAGUCGUCCUUUAUUUAGGUAUUUGUCUAGCCCAGCCACAUAUUUGCCCCUAGUGAUACGCAGGAAAUUUUUGAUACAUUUUUUUUAAUUUUUGGAUUGUAAUUUAUUGUACUUUGGUGCUCUAUGAUAUCGUACAAAGAAUAAUAUAAAAAAUCACAAUUUUAGUUAACAUAACAGUUACAUGAAUUAUUAUAAUUAUAGGAUAUUAAUUAAGUAGACAAUUAGUAGAACCACGAAGGGUAGA